UGAUGGAGCCGUUCUACGAUCGAGGCAAGGAGCUGCAGGCGCUCAACCGGUGCCACCGCAUCGGGCAGAGCCGCGACGUGGUCUGCAAGACGUACUACUGCCCCAACACCGUCGAGGAGCGCUUGCUCGCGUGGCGCGAGCUCGAGGGGGUGCGCGCGCCUGAGCUCGGAGCUGAGCAGCAGCAGGGCGGCGAGGCGGAGGCGGUCAGCGUCGUGCCGCGCGAGAAGCCCCUCAAGGCCAUCGGCACGGAAGAAAGCCGCUUCCUCUUUGGCAUGAAGAGCAGCGCCGGGGAGGCGGGCGGUGCGUAGGGAAGAGUCUGCUGCGAGAGCAUGCCCGAGAGACGCUCGUGUCUUGUCAGAGUCUCGCGCGACCGCGAGACGAGACCCCACUUGUUCGAUACGGGUUUGUACGCACAAUAGUCAACACUGCGGGAAAAUGAU